CUUCCCUCCCCGGUCCGCUACGUACUUACUUUUUAAUACGAGUUGAACAGUCCACUGCUAAUGUCCUCAGUCGGAUGAUUAUCUUUAUCGGAGCGGAGCUCCUUUCCUUUGUUUCACUUUAGGACCCUCUUACUGCGUGGCUGUGGCUUGGCUUCUUUUCCUUUUGGCCCCUGACGCCGCGAAAACAUAUGUACAAAUAAGAAAAUUACUCUCGUUGACCGAUCAAUUGGCCGUUCCAUGAAGUUUCACUUCCUUAGUUGUUUCAAAUUAUUAUUUAAUACUCCUGCUUGUGUGACUGUUCACAACCGCAUCUCAUGAUUUUCUCACGGCGCGCGAUUCCCCUCCUCGGCCUCGCCUUCUUCAUCGUCUUCCUAUACACGGUCAGCAGUCUUUCCCGGCAAUGGCGGAAUAUGCCACAAGUUGUGGGCCUGGGCGAUCUGGUUGCGACCCCGUAUCCAACGGCGUCUGGCUAUGCGAACAUUUCUGGGACAGUUGAUAAGCCUUCGAGAGAGCCUUACGCGCCUCGACCGCAUUAUGCGCCUGGUAUUCCUAAACCCCCCGGGUCAACAUAUACGAGGACCUUAGUGGUGCCUCAAGCUGGCGAGGAAGACACAGAAUGGAUUAAAUUGGAAAUUCCGGAGUGGCAGCCUGCUGUUUACGUGGUUGACGAUCUCUCGGCGCCUUUACAUCCUCCCAAGAACAAGGGCCAUGAGGUCAUAGUCUAUCUGAGCUAUAUUAUUGAUCACUACGACAAGCUACCAGACAUUAUUGCCUUCAUGCACUCACACCAAUUCGCUUGGCAUAAUGACGAGAUAUUCAACGGGAAUGCUGCCGAGAUGCUGCAACGUUUAAACCCCGCGCGGGUGGUCCGAGAAGGGUUCAUGAACUUGCGUUGUACAUGGGCGCCUGGUUGUCCUGAUUGGCUACAUCCAGGCACAUUGGAGGAGGAUGAACAUAAGCAAGAAGAAACCAUGCUGGCCAGGUCGUGGGGCGAAAUCUUCCCGGGUGACCCAAUCCCCGAUGUCCUCGCACAGCCAUGCUGUGCCCAAUUUGUCGUUUCGCGCGAGCGCAUUCUCUCCAUCCCGAAAGCACGCUUCGUUUACUAUCGUGACUGGAUCCUUCGAACGGAAUUGAGCGACUACAUCUCUGGCCGAAUCUGGGAAUAUCUGUGGCAUGUCGUGUUUACGGGUGAAAAUGUCGUCUGUCCCAAGGAGCACGUCUGUUAUUGCGACGGCUACGGAAUUUGUUUUGGAGGCGAAGAGAAAUAUGAUGAAUUUCGAAGAUUACACUCGGAGAAGGGAGAGUUGGAGGAGGACCUCAAGUUUUGGCGCGGAGAAGCAGAGGCCAUCGAAAUCGAGCGAAUCGUAGGAACCCUAGGCGAACAAAGCCACAUCUCAGUGCCCGACCCGGGUAGAGAUACUGAGCUGGAGCAGCUAAUUUUCGAAAAGGAACGAACAAUCGAGGAGAUACUACGCAACGCCACAAAGCGCGGAGAGGACCCAAAAGCGAGAGCGUUAGAGGCGGGCAGACUAUGGAAGGAAGGUGAUGGGUUCUAAUUGCCUCACGACUGCACCAAAUACUUCACAACUCUCGUCCUCACUUGCCGGUCAAUGGUCUUACACAAGAUUAUGCGCACUUUCGACAUUACUGUCCCUCGGUCCCAGUGCUCUUUUCAAGUCUUUCAUUUCGCCAUGCAUGAUAUACGCUCACGCUCACGCCCGCAGCCAUAGAGUUACCUUCUUGUUUAUAGUUCCGCCUUUGCAUUGUGAUCUCGGAGGCCGUGCUUUUUGCGUGACUCUCCAUGCUGUUUACUUCUACCCUUCUUUCGAAAUAUUUGGGAUUGAACGUUGGAUUGUUUCAUAUUCGUUGCCAUAUGUUCCAAAAAAUGUGUUGAUACCUACUCCAAUUGCAGUUUGGCUGGUUCCAAAUGGUUAUUGAU